CCCACCCCUCCUGUUUUAAACAUGGCCGCCGUGUCCACUCUGCCAACUAAGUAACGUCCAGCCUGCAAAGUGGUCGUCUUCCUGCUGCCUUUCUUUGCCGCUCAGGUGGCGAAUGUCAACGGCGCUUGGAUGCGAAGCGCCUUGACCAGCUCGCUGCUUGGCUCGCUUUUAGCUUCACCUUCAGCAGCCGCUGCCUCCACUGGGCCAUUUUUUAAAAAGAGCCAAGUGUCAGCCGGGAAGUGUUUCGAGAGCGAUGGUUUGACUUGGAGCACUCCAGCUGUCCUCUUCAUGAACAAUGUGUGAAAACUGCGCCGAGCUGGUGGAGGUUUUAAAUGAAAUUUCAGAUGCAGACGGCAGCGAGGGCGGCUUCCAGCUGAAGAAAGAUCAUGCACUGCGAGUGUUGGCUCACAUCAGCUCGUGGACACAGAGACAAUGUCUGUGCUGCUUCAAGGAGUACAAGCACUUGGAGGUCUUCAACCAGCUGGUGUGCGCUCUCAUCAACCUGGUCAUCGUCCAGAUCAGCAGCCUCAGGGACGGUCUCUGCAGCGUUCAGGACUACGGCCACAAGGGAAGCUUAUCAGGCGCCGCUGCGGAGGAGGCAGUGGCUGAAGAGCACGAGUCCGUCCCUCAGCCGGCUUCACCCGGGGAGGACGAGCCUGUCAAUGUAGAGCGGGAUUCUGCUGAAGAGGACGCUGACACUCCAGACUUGAACCAGAAGCAGGGCCAUGGGUGCAAUCUAUCGGGAGAAACCCAGAUGGAACCAGGGACCGGGGAGAAUGCCGGCAGGUCUCAGGUUGCUGAUGGACGCUUGUCGGCGGGCGGUGUCGGACAUGAUGGCCAUGACCCGUUUAGAUCGUGGAGCACAGAGGAAAGAGAGAAACUGCUGCUGUGUGCUGCCAAGAUCUUUCAGAUCCAAUUCCCUCUUUACACUGCCUACAAACACAACACACACCCCACCAUCGAGGACAUAUCCGCUCAUGAAAGCAGCAUCCUUGGCUCCUUCUGUGACAUGAACGACGUGGAGGUCCCACUACACCUGCUGCGUUACGUGUGCCUCUUCUGUGGGAAGCACGGCUUGUCCCUCAUGAAGGAGUGCUUCGAGUCGGCCACACCGGAGAGCCUGCCUUUCCCCAUCGCGCACGCCUUCAUCACCAUCGUCUCCAACAUCCGAAUAUGGUUGCACAUUCCUGCAGUCAUGCAGCACAUCAUCCCGUUCCGCACAUAUGUCAUACGGUACCUGUGUAAGCUGUCAGACCAGGAGCUGCGCCAGAGCGCGGCACGCAACAUGGCCGACCUGAUGUGGAGCACGGUGAAGGAGCCACUGGACAGCGCACUGUGCUUCGACAAGGAGAGUCUGGACCUGGCCUUUAAGUACUUCAUGUCGCCCACACUGACCAUGCGUCUGGCCGGCCUCAGCCAAAUUACUAACCAACUCCACACUUUCAACGACGUGUGCAACAACGAGUCUUUGGUGUCUGACACAGAAACGUCCAUAGCAAAGGAACUAGCCGACUGGCUGAUCCACAAUAACGUGGUUGAGCAUAUUUUUGGACCUAAUUUGCACAUUGAGAUCAUUAAACAGUGCCAAGUGAUCCUUAACUUCCUGGCUGCAGAAGGCCGACUCAGCACGCAGCACGUGGACUGCAUCUGGGCCGCCGCUCAGCUGAAACACUGUAGUCGCUACAUCCACGACCUUUUUCCUUCCCUCAUCAAAAACCUCGAUCCGGUGCCUCUCCGUCAUGUCCUCAACUUGGUCUCAAGUCUGCACCCCAGCGCGCACACAGAGCAGACGCUCUACCUGGCGUCAAUGCUCAUCAAGGCUCUUUGGAACAACGCCCUCGCUGCCAAGGCCCAGCUGUCUAAGCAGAGCUCCUUCGCCUCACUGCUAAACACUAACAUCUCCAUGGGCAACAAGAAGGGCUCACCGGCUGCCAGUCCUGACAGCAGCGACAACAGCGACACUCAGCACAGCGCAGGAAGUGACAUGGACAUGGAGGAGCAGCUGAUGGCGGGAAGCAAGCGUGGCCAACAGAGGCUUUCUGACACCGAGGAGUCCAUGCAGGGCAGCUCCGACGAGACCGCCAACAGCGUGGAGGAAGGCAGCAGCGGGCCCGGCAGCACCAGCGGCCGCAGCGACGCCUCCAGCAACGAGGCCGCCUCCACCCGAGGUAGCCAAUCAGCUGGCAGCCCCGGCAGCGAGCUGCACUCCGACGACAUGGUAGAUAGCGAAGCUCUGAAGGAGGAGGAGGAGGACGAUGAUGAUGACGAGGAGGAGGAUGAUGACGAUGAGGAGGACGAGGAGGAGGAUGAGGAGGAUGAUGAAGAGGAGCCUGCUGAGGACAGCCAGCAGAAGGACCCCCGGGAGCAGGGGGAGUCAAGAAAGAGGAAGGCGGGCGAGGCUCUCUGUGAAGGGGUGGGGCCCAGUGGAGCUGGGGGUGGGGCCAAACCCAAGGUUCUCUCCUUCAGCCCAGAGACUUCCGCCAUCAUGGCGACAGCUGCGUCGACGUCACUGGAAAGUCAUAUGAGGGUAAUGGACGCGUGCCCAACCUCAUCGUCCGCUCGACUCGAUGACCCCGAGCAUCCACAAGUGCCCGACGGCAGCCCCUCCCAGGUGGGCCAGAGUCGUCAAGAGCCCCCCUGCAUGUCCCGGCCCACAGACUUCCUCGGAGAAGCCAUGGGCGGCGAGCUCUUCAACUGUCACCGCUUCAUUGGCCCCCAGCAUCAUCACCAUCAUCAUCAUCACCACCAUCACCACCACCAUCACCACCAUCAAGAAGGGCCUUUGGUGGAGGACAUGCUGAGUGCCGACGACGUCAGCUGCAGCAGCUCCCAGGUCAGCGCCAAGUCUGAGAAGAACAUGGCUGACUUUGACGGCGAGGAGUCGGGCUGCGAGGAGGAGCUGGUCCAGAUCAACUCCCACGCUGAACUCAGCUCCCAUCUCCAGCAGCACCUCCCCAACCUGGCCUCCAUCUACCACGAGCACCUGGUUCAAGGUCCUGCCGUGCACAAACAUCAGUACUCCAGCAGCCAUGCGGUGACUGACAUCAACCUGGACAACGUUUGCAAGAAAGGCAGCACGCUCCUGUGGGACCUGGUGCAGGAUGAGGACGCGAUCCACCUGUCUGAGGGUCUAAUUAACGAAGCAGAGAAGCUGCUCUGUUCUCUGGUGUGUUGGUUCACUGACAGACAGAUCCGAAUGCGCUUCAUCGAGGGUUGCCUUGACAACCUGGCCCACCACCGCUCUGUUGUUGUUUCUUUGCGACUGCUCCCCAAACUCUUUGGCACUUUCCAGCAGUUUGGUUCCAGCUAUGACACUCACUGGAUCACCAUGUGGGCGGAGAAGGAGCUUCACAUGAUGAAGCUCUUCUUUGACAACCUACAACACUACAUCCAGGAAGUCCACCAGCACCGCCACAAGUUUGCACUGUAUAGUCACAGUGCAGAGGUUCAGGUCCGCCUGCAGUUCCUCACCUGUGUCUUCUCCACACUGGGAUCACCCGAUCACUUCAGACUGAGUCUGGAGCAGGUGGAUAUCUUGUGGCACUGCCUGGUGGAGGAUGCGGAGUGCUAUGACGACGCCCUCCACUGGUUCCUCAAUCAGGUUCGCAGCAAGGACCAGCACGCCAUGGGCAUAGAAACCUACAAGCACCUCUUCCUGGAGAAGAUGCCUCAGCUAAAGCCGGAGACCAUCAGCAUGACAGGACUAAACCUCUUCCAGCACCUUUGUAAUCUGGCCCGUCUCGCCACCAGUGCUCUGGACAACACCACCAGCUGUGAGCUUUGUGGGAUGGACCAGCUGUGGGGGAUUGCCCUCAGAGCCCAGUCAGCUGACAUCAGCCGUGCUGCCAUUCAGUACAUCAACUCCUACUACAUCAACGCUGGUAAGACAGGCCUGGAGAAGGAGCAGGAGUUCAUCAGGAAGUGCAUGGAGAGUCUGCUGAUGGCGUCUGCCAACCUGGAGAAGGAUGCUCAGUCCAGCCUGACCAGCAUCGAGAGGGGGCUGCUCAUGCUCAAAACGCACCUGGAGGCCUUCAGACGCAGGUUCGCCUAUCACCUCCGACAGUGGCAGAUCGAGGGAACGGGAAUUAGCAGUCACCUGAAAGCGCUCAGUGACAAACAGUCGCUUCCACUCAGGAUCGUCUGUCAGCCCGCAGGCCUGCCAGACAAGAUGACCAUUGAGAUGUACCCCAGCGAUCAGGUAGCAGACCUGCGAGCUGAGGUGACCCACUGGUACGAGAACCUGCAAAAGGAGCAGAUGAACCAGCAGGCCCAGCUGCAGGAGUUUGGUCAAAGCAGCCGACAGCCAGGAGAUUUCCCAGGAGGGUUGAUGGGACCAGUCAGGAUGAUCUCUUCAGGUCAUGAACUCACCACCGACUAUGAUGAGAAGACACUUCAUGAGCUGGGCUUCAAGGACAUGCAGAUGGUGUUUGUGUCUUUGGGAGCGCCGCGGAGGGAGAGGAAAGGGGAGGGCAUUCAGCUGCCCGCAUCCUGCCUGCCUCCACCUAAAAAGGAGCACAUUCCUAUGCUGCUACUCCUCCAGGAGCCGCACCUCACUACGCUCUUUGACCUGCUGGAGAUGCUGGCCUGCUUCAAGCCGCCUGCUCCUAAUACGGAGAAGGUGCUUGACAGUCCAGAGAUGGCACGCUGUGAGGAGCUCCACCUCCAUGCAGAGAACCUCUCUCGUCGUGUUUGGGAGCUGCUCAUGUUGCUGCCUACAUGUCCCAAGAUGCUUCAGGCCUUCCAGAACAUCUCAGAUGACACUAAUGAAGGUCUGUGCUGGAAGGAGCUGCUGAGGAUCAAAAGUGCCCACAAGCUCCUAUAUGCUCUUGAAAUCAUUGAAGCUCUGGGCAAACCAAACCGCUGCAUCCACAGAGAGUCGACGGGAAGCUACAGUGACCUGUACCCUGACUCUGAUGACUCCAGUGAGGAUCAGAUAGAGAACAGCAAGAACUUGUGGAGCUGCAAGUUUGUUUCGUCUGGAGGCCUGCAGCUCCUCCUGGAGAUAUUCAACUCAGGCAUACUAGAGCCCAAAGACCAGGAAUCAUGGACUGUGUGGCUGCUGGACUGUUUGGCCUGCCUCCUGAAGCUCAUCUGCCAGUUUGCCGUGGACCCCACAGACCUGGACCUGGCCUACCAUGACAUUUUCUCCUGGUCCGGCCUCGCCGACAGCCAGCGCAAACGUGCGUGGCCGGGCAAAUCCCGCAAGUCCACCGUAGACCACGGCAAGACUGUCCACAUUCCAAGACUCACUGAGGUCUUCCUCAACCUCGUCCAAGGAACCAACCUGAUUCAACGUCUGAUCAAUGUGGCUUACACGUAUGACAACCUUGCACACAGAGUUCUGAAGGCCCAGUCGAACCACAGGUCUCGGCAUGAGGCAACUCACUACUCCAUGUGGCUGCUGGUGAGCUGGGCCCACUGCUCUUCCUCAGUCAAGUCCAGUCUGGCUGACAGCGACCACUUGCAUGACUGGCUCAGGAAACUCACCCUGCUGGUACCAGAGCCGGCAGUGCGACACGAGGCGUGUAAUGGACUAUACAAGCUCUCCCUGUCGGGGCUGGAAGGAGGAGAGUCCAUCAACAGAUCUUUCUUGCUGCUCGCCGCCUCCACGCUGCUCAAAUUCCUGCCUGAUGCUCAAGCUGUCAAACCGCUCAGGGUGGAGGACUAUGAGGAAGAGCCCCUCUUAACAAGUGGCUGCAAAGAGUACUUCUGGUUGCUGUGUAAGCUGAUUGACAACAUCCACGUCAAAGACGCCAGUCAGAAGGUCUCUCCUGCUCUAUCGCUGGCCGGCUCCGUGCAGACCACUCUGCUGGACCUGGACGCCCUCGCGCGACACCUUGCCGACUGCAUCCGAAGCCGUGAAAUCCUAGACCAGCAGGAUGGCACCAUCGAGGACGACGGCCUGACUGGUCUCCUGCGUCUUGCCACCAGCGUUCUCAAACACAAACCUCCCUUCAAGUUCUCGCGCGAGGGCCAGGAGUUCCUCCGUGAUGUCCACAACCUCCUCUUCCUCCUCCCCAGCCUGGCUGACCGGGCUCAGCCUAAAUGCAAGUCCAACGCUGCUCGGGCGGCGGCCUACGACCUGCUGGUGGAGACGGUGAAGGGCUCCCUGGAGAACUACCGCCUGCUUCACAACUGGGUCAUGUCGCAGCACAUGCAGGCCUCGCACGCGCCGUACAAGUGGGACUACUGGCCUCAUGAUGACGUGCGUGCCGAGUGUCGUUUCGUGGGUCUCACCAACCUGGGCGCCACCUGCUACCUGGCCUCCACCAUCCAGCAGCUCUACAUGAUCCCUGAGGCCCGGCAGGCCAUCUUCACUGCCAAGUACGCUGAGGAUAUCAAACACAAGACCACACUGCUGGAGCUCCAGAAGAUGUUUACAUACCUGAUGGAGAGCGAGAGGAAAGCGUACAACCCGCGGCCCUUCUGCAAGACCUACACCAUGGACAAGCAGCCGCUCAACACGGGCGAACAGAAGGACAUGACUGAGUUCUUCACCGACCUCAUCACCAAAAUAGAAGAAAUGUCACACGAGCUGAAGAACACAGUGAAGACUCUGUUUGGAGGCGUCAUCACCAACAAUGUGGUUUCUCUGGAUUGCGACCAUGUCAGUCAGACAGCUGAGGAGUUCUACACAGUCAGAUGUCAAGUAGCAGAUAUGAAAAACAUCUACGAGUCCCUGGAUGAGGUGACCAUCAAGGACACACUGGAGGGAGACAACAUGUACACAUGUUCCCACUGCGGCAAGAAGGUCCGCGCUGAGAAAAGAGCUUGUUUCAAGAAGCUUCCCCACAUCCUGAGCUUCAAUACCAUGCGUUACACCUUCAACAUGGUGACUAUGAUGAAGGAGAAAGUCAACACGCACUUCUCUUUCCCGCUGCGUCUGGACAUGACACCCUACACGGAGGACUUCCUCAUGGGCAAAGGAGAGCGCAAAGAGGGUUUUCGGGACGAAGGCGAGUCUAAGGUCACUGAGAGCUACGAGUACGACCUCAUCGGCGUGACGGUGCACACGGGCACAGCAGAUGGCGGCCAUUACUACAGCUUCAUCAGAGACAUCAUCAACCCCCACGCCUACAAGAACAACAAGUGGUACCUGUUUAACGAUGCUGAGGUGAAACCCUUUGACUCCGCCCAGCUGGCGUCGGAGUGCUUCGGGGGAGAGAUGACGACAAAAACGUACGACUCAGUGACUGACAAGUUCAUGGAUUUCUCCUUUGAGAAGACGCACAGCGCCUACAUGCUCUUCUACAAGCGUGUGGAGCUGGAGGAGGACAACGCCAAGGACUUGACCUUUGAUGUUUCUCCUGAUUUGCUGGAGUGGAUCUGGCACGACAACAUGCAGUUCCUCCAGGACAAGAACAUAUUUGAACACACCUACUUUGGUUUCAUGUGGCAGCUGUGCAGCAGCAUUCCCAGCACGCUGCCCGACCCCAAAGCCAUCUCCCUCAUGACUGCCAAGCUUAGCACCUCAUUUGUCCUGGAAACCUUCAUCCAUUCCAAGGAGAAGCCCACCAUGCUGCAGUGGAUCGAACUCCUCACCAAGCAGUUCAACAACAGCCAGGCGGCUUGCGAGUGGUUUUUGGAUCGGAUGGCCGAUGACAACUGGUGGCCCAUGCAGAUCCUCAUCAAGUGUCCCAACCAGAUUGUUAGACAGAUGUUCCAGAGGUUGUGUAUCCAUGUCAUCCAGCGGCUACGGCCGGUCCACGCUCACCUCUACCUGCAGCCCGGCAUGGAGGACGGGUCUGACGACAUGGACGGCCCGGUGGAGGACAUCGGCAGCCGGUCCUGCGUGACUCGCUUCGUGAAGACUCUGCUGUCCAUCAUGGAGCACGGCGUGAAACCUCACAGCAAGCACCUGACCGAGUACUUUGCCUUCCUCUACGAGUUUGCCAAGAUGGGAGAGGAGGAGAGUCAGUUCCUGCUGUCACUACAAGCCAUCUCCAUCAUGGUCCACUUCUACAUGGGAACCAAAGGCCCAGAGAAUCCGCAGGUGGAGGUGCUGUCAGAGGAGGAAGGAGAGGAGGAGGACGAGGAGGAGGACAUCUUAUCUCUGGCCGAGGAGAAAUAUCGUCCCGCAGCGCUGGAGAAGAUGAUCGCCCUCAUUGCUCUUCUGGUGGAGCAGUCUCGCUCCGAGAGACACCUGACGCUGUCCCAGAGCGACAUGGCGGCACUGACUGGAGGGAAAGGCUUCCCCUUCCUUUUCCAGCACAUCCGAGAUGGAAUCAACAUCAGACAAACCUGCAAUCUCAUCUUCAGCCUCUGUCGCUAUAACAACCGUCUGGCGGAGCACAUUGUGUCUAUGCUCUUCACCUCCAUCGCUAAGCUGACCCCUGAGGCUGCUAACUCCUUCUUCAAGCUGCUGACCAUGCUGAUGGAGUUUGCAGGCGGACCGCCCGGGAUGCCCUCCUUCGCCUCCUACAUCCUGCAGAGGAUUUGGGAGGUGAUUGAGUACAACCCGUCACAGUGUCUGGAUUGGCUGGCGGCCCAGACUCCCAGGAACAAACUGGCCCACAGUUGGGUCCUCCAGAACAUGGAGAACUGGGUGGAGCGCUUCCUGCUGGCUCACAACUACCCUCGAGUGCGCACAUCGGCGGCGUACCUCCUGGUCUCCCUCAUCCCCAGCAACUCCUUCCGCCAGAUGUUCCGCUCCACACGCUCCCUCCACUUGCCCACCCGCGAGCUGCCACUGUCUCCCGACACCACGGUGGUCCUGCACCAAGUCUACAACCUGCUGCUGGGCCUGUUGGGUCGAGCCAAGCUCUACGUGGACGCCAGCGUUCACGGCACCACCAAGCUGGUGCAGUACUUUGGCUUCAUGACGUACUGCCUCAUCUCCAAGACGGAGAAGCUCAUGUUCUCCAGUUACUUCAUGGACCUGUGGAACCUCUUCCAGCCCAAACUGUCAGAGCCCGCCAUUGCCACCAACCACAACAAGCAGGCGCUGCUCUCCUUCUGGUACAAUGUGUGUGUGGACUGCCCGGAGAACGUGCGGCUGGUGGUGCAGAAUCCCAUGGUGACCAAGAACAUCGCCUUCAACUACAUCCUGGCCGACCACGACGACCAGGAAGUGGUGCUGUUCAACCGCGGCAUGCUCCCCGCCUACUAUGGCAUCCUGCGCAUGUGCUGCGAGCAGUCGCCCGCCUUCACGCGCCAGCUGGCCUCACACCAGAACAUCCAGUGGGCCUUCAAGAACCUGACGCCACAUGCCAGCCAGUAUCCUGGGGCCGUGGAGGAGCUGUUCAACUUAAUGCAGCUCUUUGUGGCGCAGCGAGCCGACAUGAGAGAAGAAGAAGUGGAAGACAUCAAGCAGUUCAAGAAGACCACCAUCAGCUGCUACCUGCGUUGCCUGGACGGACGCUCAUGCUGGACCACGCUCAUCAGCGCCUUUAGGGUUUUGCUGGAGAACGACGAGGACCGACUGCUGGUGGUGUUCAAUCGAGGACUCGUCCUCAUGACGGAGUCGUUCAAUACGCUGCACAUGAUGUACCACGAGGCCACGGCGUGCCACGUCACUGGAGACCUGGUGGAGCUGCUCUCCAUCUUCCUGUCGGUCCUCAAGGCCACCCGACCGUACCUGCAGCGUAAAGAUGUCAAACAAGCGCUGAUCCAGUGGCAGGAGAGGAUCGACUUCGCCCACAAGCUUCUCACGCUCCUCAACUCCUACAGCCCGCCCGAGCUCCGCAACGCCUGCCUGGAUGUUCUGAAGGAGCUGGUUCUUCUGAGUCCUCACGACUUCCUGCACACGCUAGUGCCUUUUCUGCAACACAACCACUACACUUAUCACCAUAGCAACAUCCCCAUGUCGCUGGGCCCCUACCUGCCAUGCAGGGACAAUAUGAAGGUGAUGGGCACCAAAAGCAACAUCAGACCCCCCAGGCCGGAACUCAACAUGUGUCUGCUGCCCUCCAUGGUGGAGAGCAGGAAGGGUAAAGACGAGGUCUACGACCGCCUGCUGCUGGACUACUUCCUGUCCUACCAGCAGUUCAUCCACCUGCUGUGUCGCGUGGCCAUCAAUUGCGAGAAGUUCAGCGACACGCUGGUCAAGCUGAGUGUCCUGAUGGCGUACGAAGGACUUCCUCUCCACUUGGCCAUCUUCCCCAAACUGUGGACGGAGCUGUGCCAGUCUCAGUCCCUUCUGUCCAAAACGUGCGUGAAGCUGCUGUGUGAUGACGCCACCUUCAGCGAGUACAUCAAGUACAUCCUGAUGGACAUGAGGAGCUUCCUCAACAACAACGUGGCCUACGCGUUCCUCACCUGCUUCCUGCACAAGGUCCGACGACCUCUCCCGUCACCCCAGCGCCAUCACGAUGUCGUCAUUCAUGAUGUGCGUGCGUGUGUUCAGGUGCAGGUGCUGUCGGGUGUCAGCUACUCCAACCUGAUUGGCGUCUUGGUGGCCAACGUGCUCGGCGAGCACAGCGGCCUGCAGCCUGAGCUGGCUUCUCAUUGGCCGGAGCUCAGCAAGACCAGCGCGCUGCUGAAUGCUGACUUGAGGGCGUUGAUGCUGCUGCUGUCCAUCCAGUCACCACAGGUCCUUGACCCCGCCCUCUGCCCCGCCCUGCAGGACCUCCUCGGCCGCUGUCGGGUGUGUAUGCAGCAACGCAGCACUCUGGAACUGGAGGCCGACCACGACAAUAAGGCCAGAGCAGAGGAUGAGGGUGCGACGCCGGUGAAGCGGCGGCGUGUUAACAGCGACGGCGACGCACCGGCACUCUCCUCGGCCGCCCUCCCCCCAAGCGCAGAGUCCAAAUGCGAGCAACAGGGGGCGCUGACACCCACCAGCACUUCCGACACAGAGACACGCGACUCUUCCUCCGUGAUCGAUCCCGGCACCGAGCAGGACCCGCCCUCCCCUCCCGACCCCGCCUCCGGCUCCCCUAAAGAGGAGAAGAUGGAGGCGGAGUCGUCGUCGUCUUUCUCCUCUACGUCCUCUCUGCUGCCGGACACGGGGGAGGCGGAGCCGACGCAUCAGGAUGGGGAGGGGGAGUGGGAGGAAGGUCAGAGGGUUGUGGCCGUCUCACAGGAGGGGAGGGAAGACAAGGACGUGGGUGGAAGCUCUGCCCCGCCCCUAUCGGAGGAUGCCGCCCUCUCAACGGCUCUGGACCUGGUAGGGGAGGGGCCUGAGGGCUGCAGGAGCAACACCCCCUCCCCACAGGCCUUCCUGAGCGGCGGCCCCCCAGCGGACAUGCUGGACGUGCUGUACAGGACAGUGGAAGCCGCCAUCGCCAUAGUUACCAAACUGAGUGUUAAAGGCCCGCCCUCCUCGUGACAUCAUCACACCGUAAACAUUUUUUUUUGUUUUUUUUUUUCCAUUUCCUCUUCCGCUCAUCUGCUUUGUUGCCUUCAAGUGGACUUUUUUUUGUUUUUAAAAGGCAAACCAGUUUUUGUUUUGUUGUGUUUUAUACAAAUGGAGUUUGGGAAAGUGAUUUUAUUUGCUAAUUUAAUUUUAUUGCAUUUUUACUGUGUAUAGACGCGCUCGUCCUCAGUGCCAGUUUUGUACUUUGCUCAACAAGCAGGCAAAGAAAGAAAGUUGCCUUUAGUUGACGUUUGUGUGUUAAAAGUUUACUUGUAAAUGAGAAGAACCACAAGAAGUUGUUACCUGAAGGUGUACAUGAAAACUAUAAAUAUAUAUAUAUAGAAACAUCUUUAUAUAUAUAUAUACAUAUAUAUAUAAAUAAGAAUCUAUACAUAUAAAUAUAUAUAAAUAUAAGUGGUGCUUUAUUGGACUGUGGUGCAAAUAAAGCCCCCGUGUUGGACCACUCGGAGCUUUUAUUUUCUUUACUGAACAUUCCAUCUUGUCGUGCUCAUUUUCUGCUGUGUCAUGCUUUUAUCGCAAGAGAAUAAAAUGCUUUAUUAUCAA